UUCCUCCGUGGGCUGUGCGGCCGACCCCCAAUCCAUCACACAGCCAGCCCCAAACGCGCACACACCUUCUUGGUUCCAGGGCUUCUGUGACCAUCCAGCAGGAACCGUGUUAAACUUCAACGUGUGCUGGGCCCACAGCCCAUAAACGGGGGACGUCUGGGUGGGGCGCCGUGAGCCGACCAUCGGUGUUUGCAGAAGGGCAAGGAUAGUUUAGGAACGUCCUGAAGUUCCAGAGGCAAGUAGGCCCCCAGAUCAGCGAAGUUGUAAGCAGAACGCUGUUCCUUUGGCCGAGGCUGUUGCAGCACGGGCUUUUCGAAGUUGACUCACUAGGAAUAAUUUUUGGGCUCAUGAAGCAAAAUUACCUUUGGGAUCAGGCAGGCUCACUUGGUAGAGUACUGGCAGUGGCGAGAGAAGGGAAAUGGGGGCUGAUACUCAGACGCAGGCAAUGUCGGUAGGGCUCUAUAUAUUUCCACACGGGGGUAACUCCGAAGGUUUUAAAAAUGAAUUAAGAAUCAUUGACAAAUACGUAACUGUCUUCCUAAUGCCAGAAAUAACCACCUUAAAUGGGAAACAUUUUAGUUGAGCACAUUUUUGGAGUACGCACUUCCACCUCUCACGUGAAGAGAAUAGCCGGAAACAUAACUACUGCCUAAAUUGAUGAAGACGUAAAUGUAAAAUUGGGGUCGUAUGUCGUCGUCGUAGUUCAGUAUGCAAGCAUACAAUCCUUCAGUCGUCAUUUAAGUAUCAGCAGUGCUUCCCCAUUGAGGGUAUUUUCGUGCAAGAACAUAACAUAAUUUUCUGGCAUCCCACAUUAUACAUCUUACAGGAACGAUAAGAUUGUUACUUGCAUCCUUUCACCUCCAGCCCUAAAACCAUGGUGAGUGCAGCCAAUCAUAAGGAAAAGAAUGAAGCUUGUCUUAUCCGAUGGCAGAUGGAAAAGUAAACCUUUUUUUUAGAGGUUCAUAGAAACGGCCAGAUUGAUUGGAGAUGGGGAUUGUGCAGUUUACAGGAUGAAAUCCAUCCAUGGUUAUUAACACAGACUCCUCCAACCCUGCUUCCAAAUUCAGCCACACAUCCCACUAUAUGGCAGCCUUUGGCCAGGACAGGAAACCAACACAGAAAAAUUACUCCUUAGGAGCAAAAAGUACUGCAGUAUGAAGCCUCUGCCAAUUAAGUAAAUAAGUUUAACUGCCACUAGAUGGAUAUAAGGGGAAAGAGGGUAUAUUUCCUUUUUUUCGAUCCUGCAACAGCCUCUUUAAACUGUUUAAAUGAGAAUGUCCUUGGCUCAGAGAGUACUGCUCACCUGGCUUUUCACGUUACUCUUCUUGAUCAUGUUGGUGUUGAAACUGGAUGAGAAAGCACCUUGGAACUGGUUCCUCAUAUUUAUUCCAGUCUGGAUAUUUGAUACUAUCCUUCUUGUCAUGCUGAUUGUGAAAAUGGCUGGGCGGUGUAAGUCUGGCUUUGACCCUCGACAUGGAUCACACAAUAUUAAAAAAAAAGCCUGGUACCUCAUUGCAAUGUUACUUAAAUUAGCCUUCUGCCUCGCACUCUGUGCUAAACUGGAACAGUUUACUACCAUGAAUCUGUCCUAUGUCUUCAUUCCUUUAUGGGCCUUGCUGGCUGGGGCUUUAACAGAACUUGGAUAUAACGUCUUUUUUGUGAGAGACUGACUUCUAAGUACAUCAUCUCAUUUCUAUUGCUGUUCAACCAGUUACCUUUAAAGUGUUCUGAAUCUUUUCAAGUUUCAUGAAUACCAGAAAACUGAGGGAAAAUACCAAAUAUAGUUGUAUACUACUUCCAUAAAACAGAAUUGGUGAAUCGUGGACUUCUGCUCAGCCUACAGCUUAAUUAUUCAGCAUUUGUUAUUGAAAUCUUUAUUAUCUCUAUGUAAAUAAAGUUUCUUUUGGACCUCA